UUCUGCCGAUUUUUGACGAAUCCAACCAAUCUGAAGACUACAAAAAUGUCGUCGUCUUUCCACUCAUCCAUGGUCAAUGACAUUUAUAUAUAUAUUGUAUAUAUGUAACUCUAGGCAUGUCUCCUAAGUUUUGCAUCGUUCAUUUUACUGAAGAGGAUUCUGUGGAGUUUGUUCCUGAUUUCUGGAUAUUUGAAUCGUUAGACAUAAACUAUUGCUCAUGGCCUCUUAAUGCUUUUCCGACGAAAUGCGUUGCAAAUAGAACGGUGCCAGAUGACAAAUGGCCACCCUACAAGUGCAGAAUCCUUAAUUCGUUUGGUGACUAUGAAACAGCUCGGCAGCAUUUAGGCCAAGCCGAAAUUACAUCUGAUUUUCCUGUGUCAGAGGUUGUGGGUAAACGAAUACAUAAACCCAAUAAGAAAUUCUUGCAAGAGUCAUCCGAUUCAUCUGAAGACAGCACUCCAAAACACAAAAAGAAAGACUCUAGAAAUGAAAUACCGCGAUUUACGUCGAAAGAACGUACAUGUUCAGAGAUGGUUUUACCAAAAGCCCUAGAACAGAAAUCAAAACGAAUUCUAGAUGGCAACCAAAAUCUUUCCUCAUCCAGAAGAAAUUGCGCUACACGUUCACGGUCGCCGCUAAAUAAGAUGGACAAGAGACUUGACCAGUUUAAGGAAGAUAUCACUUUACAACAUGGAUGCAGCACGAGUGGAACGGUAGUGCAAGAAAAUCAAAUGGUUAAUUAACUUGCUGGACAAAUUCAGACGCAGUUAACUGGAAAAAAAAACUGAAAAAUCACUAUAUAAUGGAGAAACAGAAUUCGAGAAACAGAUGGUCAGGGAUUUGACAA